AUGUUCAUGCAUAGCGGAAAUGAUGCAAUCAUGUGCAAGAUGUUCCCAUCGAGUGUGGGAAAGGUGGCUCUAUCUUGGUUCCAUAAGCUAGGCCCACGCUCCAUACGAGAAUGGAGGCAAUUGGCCGAGAAAUUCACUGCUCGGUUCCUGACAAGCAGGAAAGCACCAAAGACAUUUGAGAGCCUCUCCGUUAUGAAACAGAGGGAGAACGAGCUGAUCACGGACUAUGCGAAGAAGUAUUGGGAAACUUUCAACGAGGUUAAAAGUUGCAGUGAGGAAUACGUAAGAGCCACGUUCAAGAUUGGACUAAACGAGGAUGACAUACUGCAAGAAGACAACAAAGUGGUUACCGAGCAAGCCAAAGGGCCAGCCAAGCAGGAAAAACUAGAGCCCAAAAUUUACAGGGAGAGGAAGGAAUAUGGGCAGGCUAAGAAAGUGCCAUACAGGAAGAAGCAUGCCUCAGACCCGAAGUCUUUCUUCUCAGUAACUACGGUUUGGAAAGAACCAAUCUACCAGAUUCUUCAUCGAAUAAAGAACCGCCCAUAUUUCAAGUGGCCCUCGAGGUUGGAAGGGGAUAAAGAUGCAAAAUGA